UCAACUAUAGUCACAAGUUUUGGAAAACCAAAAUUUAGGUCAGCAUUUCGAUAAAAAAGAGUUUCGGUUACAAAAAAAUCAAAAAGCACUUUGAAAAAAUGAAGGAGGCAACCCUUUGGCGUUUGCAGCAGGCUCAUCAGCGCCAGCGGAGGGAGUGGGACAGGAUUGGCAGACGCCUCCAGCGGCUGACGGGCAAGAGAUCCAGCGAUCUGCUCCUCAACGAUCCGCUCCUGCAGCCGCCGCUCGCCGGCGAUCCCGGCCAGCGGAUGCGGAUGAGCGGCGGUCAGCAGGCGGCGAUAUCGCUGGACGGGAACCAUGCAAACGACGAGGCAAGGCGGCAACCCUACCGAAUGGACAACUCCGGUGGCAAACUGGAUCUGCUUGUCGUGGGUCGCCAGUUGCUGAUGCAUCGGCUACCGGGUCGCCGGAAUGUGCAGCUGCAGCAGCUCCAGGAUCUCCCAUCGUCCCAGCAUCGCCUGUCCAAGGAGGAGGAGUACGUGUACAUCUAUCCCUGCAGCUACCAUGGGAUGGAGAUGGACAGCUGGAGUCCCAGUGGCCUGGCCUCCGAACCAUAUCUCGUGGUGGAUGCCCGUUUCCUGGCCGAGUUGCUCGACGAACUGCUGAUGGACGCCACAAAUCACAAUUGACUUGUACCUUGUUCAAAAAUAUCAAUCAAAAAUAUAGGAAGAAUAUCUUGUUAUAAAUCA